GGGGAGGGAAGAAGGCGGCAGCUUCGUGUCAUUCCUUCGGCGGAGGCAGUUGCGAGUGGUAUGAAGCUGGGAGGUGCCGCUGGGGAUGCCAUGGCAGGUGCGACGCCCGGCCCCGUGCAAAUUGUGCUCGUGCACAAAGACCAGCACUCCUUUGAGCUGGAGGAGAAAGCCCUGAGCCGCGUCUUGCUGCAGGAUGCCAUCCGAGACCUCGACGUGGUGGUGGUGUCCGUGGCCGGGGCCUUCCGCAAAGGCAAGUCCUUCCUCUUGGACUUCCUGCUGCGUUACCUGUACACUCAGAAAGAGGGGGGCAGCGGCAACUGGCUGGGUGACAAGGAUGAACCCCUGACGGGCUUCUCCUGGCGUGGCGGCUCUGACCCCGAAACCACGGGCAUCCAGAUCUGGAGCGAAGUGUUCAUUGUGGAGAAACCCAACGGGAAGAAGGUGGCAGUUGUGCUGAUGGACACCCAAGGAGCCUUCGACAGCCAAUCAACUGUCAAAGACUGUGCCACCAUCUUUGCGCUCAGCACUAUGACAAGUUCUGUCCAGAUCUACAACUUGUCCCAGAAUAUCCAGGAAGAUGAUCUACAACAACUGCAGCUCUUUACUGAGUACGGGCGCCUGGCCAUGGAUGAGAUCUUUCUCAAGCCAUUCCAGACCCUGAUGUUCCUGGUCCGUGACUGGAGCUUCCCCUACGAGUACUCUUACGGCCUGGAUGGCGGCAUGCAUUUCCUGGAGAAACGGUUAGAGGUGAAAUCUCACCAACAUGAGGAAAUCCAGCAUGUCCGAAAGCACAUCCAUUCCUGCUUCACGAAUGUCAACUGUUUCCUUCUGCCACAUCCGGGCCUCAAGGUGGCCACCAGCCCGAAUUUUGACGGGCGCCUCAAAGACAUUGCAGAUGAAUUCAAAGACCAGCUGAAGCAGUUGAUCCCGUUUGUCCUGGAUCCCGGCCAGCUCUUGGAGAAGGAGAUCAACGGUUCGAAAGUGACUUGUCGGGGCUUGUUGGAAUACUUCAAGGCUUACAUCAAAAUCUAUCAGGGGGAAGACCUACCUCACCCUAAAUCCAUGUUGCUGGCUACCGCUGAAGCCAAUAACUUGGCUGCCGUUGCAUCAGCCAAGGAUUUGUAUUACACCAAUAUGGAGAAGAUCUGCGGCGGGGACAAGCCGUACGUGGCGCCGGAGCUGCUGGAGGAGAAGCACCGGAUCCAGAGCACGCUGGCCCUGCAGCACUUCCAGCGCAUCAAGAAGAUGGGCGGCAAAGAGUUCAGCCAGCGCUACGAGGACGAGCUGGUGAAGGAGAUGAACGAGCUCUUCGCGGACCUGGCCAAGCACAACCAGGGCAAGAACAUCUUCAACACCUUCCGGACGCCCGCCAUCCUCUUCAGCCUCAUCGUGAGCCUCUACCUGGGCUCCGGCAUCACCGACUACAUCGGCCUGGGCAUCGCCGCCCAGCUCUGCAACUUCGUCGUGGGCCUGCUGCUUCUGGCCCUCCUGGCCUGGGGCUACAUCCGCUAUUCGGGCCAGUACCGCGAGCUGGGGGUCGUCAUCGACAGCACGGCCGAGUUCGUGCUUUCGCGGGCCACCUCCUCUCGUACGCAUCUUUCACCCCAGACUCCGGAAUCCAGCAGACCUUCGCCCCAGAGGACUUCCGAGGUCAAGAAAACCAACUGAGGUCUUGAAAGCAAAAGCUCCAAACUGCGGCUGUAGCGGACGCCUCGCCACAGCCUGGGAAUCCAGGAAUCGCUUGCAGGGCUUCUAGAGAGCAAACCCGAGCCCCCAGCUCCGGAUAUCCCCCCCCCCGCCACGCCGCCCUUUUACGGUUAAUCUUUCCUUUGAUUUCUAAGAAUCCCUUUCCCCGUUUUUACCUCGCUUCCCCCUCUUUUUUCGUUCUACUUUUUUUGCACUUUAACAGAGGGGAAGAAAGAUGUGCAGCUUUAAAGUUCCUUUCUGUACCAGUUAGUGCCUUCCUCGAAACCCAUCAACCACAGACGCCGCAUGCUGAUCUCAUUCCUUCGGCUCCCGGCUCCAAAACCCCACUUCUGGAUGUUGGUCAACGUCGGGAGGUGGUGGGCUAUUCCCCCACCCCCAAGGAGAUCCGGCUCGGCCUCGCCAGAUGGCGCAACUCCGCUGCUGCACCCCGCCGAAGCCGCCUUGCCAAUGGGGCUCUUCCCUCGGGAUAUUUCCCCCUGUUGUGGGAGACGUUGAAGGGGAACGUUGCACAUGCUGAGUCCGCUCCAAACCAAGAAAAGAAAGAGGAUCCUGUAACACCCACCCACCCCAUGUUCCUUGAACCCUGUUGUGCCUUUGUGAAGCUGGACAGCACCCUCGUGCCUCAGGUGGGAGAGGGGACCUCGCUUGGCCAGCCGCUGCCUUAGAAACCAAUCUCGGGAGGCUCGUGUCGAGGAAAAACAGGAGACCCAAACUCAUCGCGUGGUCUCCCCUGUGGCUGCCCCCUCCGUUCCUCGGAUCCUUCCGGGUUCGUUUCGUAUGUCGGUUCUUCGAUGCGCUUUACCCUCCUCCUUCUCUGUGAUGCACCAUGGAAGCCAGCUUGCUCUGAUUCCAGGCUGCGGAUGUCGGAUCCCCCAUGUUUUUGGUGCGGGAGGGGGAGAAAGCGGGGUGGGGCAGGGUUUCUACGCACCGUUUCUACCUUGGCUGCAAUGUUCAGGGUACGUUCCCCAAGCAAGGGGUCCGGGAACCCGGGAGCCUGCCGAGAUCAAAACUUGGGCGAUCUGUGACCCAUCCAGCCAAACACAGCCCUUCCUGCAAAAAUGGUGCGGGUGCUUGAGAAGAUGUGGUAUCCAGGCCUUUGUCCUGGCCUGGCGGGCUAGUGGUCGUGCAAGCCUGCUCUAAGUCAUUUUAUUACACCUUGGCGGCUGGCUAGAGGCCUGGGAGACCCGUAGCCCAUUCUCCCAGAGUGGGGAAGGAAGGAAGACUCAGCCAGGCCGUCCUGCUCUUAGGGGAGAAGGAGGACAACUCUCUCGCUUCGUACGAUACUCAAAACGCCCAUUUUAACCCUUUGGCACUUCCUUCCACUGUUGGCCAGAAACCCCCCCACCUCCGCGCCGUGCCCCAUCCUUCAGAAACUCCGGCCUGUCGCCGUUGAAUUUUGACGGGUGCUAGAAAUGUCGAGUCGAAGAGGUUUUGGGCUCUAGGCUUCCUCAUCCCUGCUCCCAAACCACUUUUGUUGUGUGCUGUACACCAAAAAAAUAAUAAUUAGAAGAACAUUUUUCUGCACAAAGCUCUUCGUACCGUGGCCUCUCCUGAUCCUAGGCGGUUUCAUAGCUUUAUAACCACCUCGCUCCGUCUUUGCCUGGCCUCUGCUCCUCUGUUGUCUCCCCACCCCAGCUGCAUAAUAGACUAUUCCUUCUGAUACACAUCUAUAAGCACAAGAUGAAUUUCCCUCUUUUUUUGGACCAAGUGGAUCGUAGGGAUGGGGGGAAUCGUCGUUGGGCCGCAUACAUUCCUGUAAUU